CUCAGGGACCGGGAUUACCGGACCCUAUCCUCGGAGAGUCCCACUGACCCCACGAUCAUGAAGGACGGGAAUCGGGUGACUGAGAGGGUCCUGGACCUCACCCUGGAGAUCAUCUCCCUGCUGACCGGAGAGGAUUACAUGAUUGUUAAGAAGGGUGGUGAUAUGUCUGACGGACCCCCCAGGACACGGAGCCCCAGCCUGGUGCCUCCACCUCACUCGCUGACCCACGAGAGGAACCGCGAGCAGAAGAUCCUGGAACUGACCAACAAGAUGAUGUCCCUGCUGACUGGAGAGGUGAGCGCUGCUGGGAACGGGACGUUAUACAGUAACACCGAGGCGUGUGUCUGGAUGGUGACGGCUCAUUGUGUGUCUCAGGUUCCUGUAAGGUGUGAUGAUGUCACCGUCUAUUUCUCCAUGGAGGAGUGGGAGUAUUUAGAAGGACACAAGGAGCUUUACAGGGACGUGAUGAUGGAGACCCACCAGCCCCGCGGCUCAUUAGGAGAAGGGUUCAUGGCGAGCACUACGUGCAGCGAAUUUCCCCUUCGUGUUACGUCGGCCGAUUCUGCAGAAUCACACAGAGACCGUACCAAAAAUAGGGGAACCCAAUGCUUGCCUGCCAGAGAACCACAGAAGAAACAGACCAACUGUCUGAGGAAUAUGGGGCAGAAUUCAGAUACCUGCGAAGACACAACUCUCACAGACAACGCCAAACCUGUACCAGGUACAGCGACAGAGUAUCCAGUGACUCGUAUUAAGGAGGAAUCGGCUUUGUGUGAAGGAGGAGGUUUCAUAGACCCCAACAUAUCUACAUCCAGAGACAAUACACAGUUACAGUAUACAUCAACCUUAAUUAAGAAUGAAUCGGGCACAUACGAAGAAGGAAGCCUCUCGCUAAAGAUGUCUAAGAUGGAGACGUGUAGUGAUGCAUCUUCUCAUCCACCAUUCCAAGCAGAUCACCCAACAAAGAGCGUUCACAACUGUUCCGAGAGCUUGGAAAGUUUUACGUCGACCUCAGAUCUUAGUUCUCAGGAGUCUCACAACGGAGAUAAAACAUUCUCGUGUCCCGACUGCGGGAAGGGUUUUACCCAAAGCGCGCACCUUCUCACGCACCAAAAGAGCCACACAGGAGAGAAGCCGUUCUCGUGUUCUGAGUGUUGGGAAUGCUUUACCGACAAGUUGAGUCUUUUUAGACAUCAGAUCAUCCACACAGGGGAGAGAGGGUUCUCGUGCCCCGAGUGCGGGAAAUGUUUUACCCGUAGCUCGCGGUUGGUUAGACACCAGUUCCUUCACACCGGGGAGAAACCGUUCACGUGUUCUGACUGCGGGAAGGACUUCACCCAUAAGUCAAAGUUCCUGAAACAUCGGAGGAUUCACACCGGAGAAAGGCCGUUCUCAUGUUCUGAUUGCGGGAAAUGUUUCACGGAUAAAUCAACCCUCGACAGACAUAGGAGGAUUCACACGGGGGAGAAACCGUUCGCGUGUCCCGAAUGCGGGAAAUCUUUUAUUCAGAGGUCAAUACUCGUCACGCAUCUGAGGAUUCACUCUGGGGAGAAACCGUUCGCCUGCUCGGUAUGCGGGAAACGUUUCAGCCAAAACGCCAACCUUCUUAAACAUCAGCUGAUUCACACGAGAGAGAAAUCAACCGCCUUUCGACAGGUUGAAUACGAAAAAGGGUUUAGGAAGAGGUUUGGAACGCAAAAAGCAGGAAGUGAGCUGUUUCCGGUUAGUGGCUUCCUGUUUCUAAUGAUCUCAAUUAUGAAGCAGGAGCUGCAGCUUGAGGAAGAAGGACAGAAGAACCUCCGUCAAGGACAUUUGACGCCAUCUGCGGUUACGUCAUGUGUGACAUAUGGUGAGCGCCGUAUAUAUAUUUUACUCGUUCCAGAGCCCAUCAGGUUACCGGCAGUAAUGAGGGACCGCGGUCUGCUCUGUGAGAAGAUCUUAAACCUCACCCUGGAGAUCAUCUCCCUGCUGACUGGAGAGGACUGUAAGGUUGUCAAGAGGUCUGGUGAACCUGUUACGUGUAGCGGAAGCUCCCAUGGAUCAGACGGACCCCCCAGGACCCGGAGCCCCAGCCCGGUGCCUCCACCUCACUCGCCGACCCACGAGAGUAACCGCGCGCAGAAGAUCCUGGAACUGACCAACAAGAUGAUGUCCCUGCUGACUGGAGAGGAGGAGUUUUUGGAAGGAGACAGAGAUUUCAUGACAGAGACUCCACAGUCCUUUAUUUCUCGGGAUGGAUCAGUGGAGAGAACUUCACAAGAGAGCGCAGAUUGCGGGCGUGAAGCUAAAUGGGGCGGCAGAACCGAUCAAGGAGCAAAAUCCGCGACUGCAAGUAAAUCACCCCCGAGACGCAUGAAAUCUGUUCGAAGCACGAUACAGAACGUUGCGCAGGCAGAGGGCAACGAGACAGACGUUAACAGUACCGCCCCCGCGGAACGUACACGGACAGAACCUCCUCGUAUUCAGGGGGACUCGUGUGAAGAAGGGACUGUCUCGGACACAGACCUUUGUAGAGAGCAUCCGUCUGUUCAUGUAAAGGAGGAACCGGACACAAGUGACGAAGGUGAUCUCAGCGACAGCUACGCACCCGGAGAGGAACCCGAGAUAGAGUACAAAACGGUUAUCGUUAAAGACGAGUCGGACUCAGGGGAUGAAGAGAGCUCCUCGGAAGAACAGAUCGAAUAUAAAACGGUUAUGAUUACGGAGGACUCGGGGUCAUGGGGCGAUGAAAAGCUUGCAGACUUGACAACCCCCAAACACACAUCUACGUGUAUCGAGAAUGGACUGGCCAAACGAGGGGGCAAGUUGGCACCGGUGGAAUGCACACCUCGCGAUAGGGAGGGUUCUGCCAUAUGCCAACGAAAUCCCACCGCCGUGGUCAUUGAUCCACCCGCCGGCCGCCCAAUGACGCCACACACGUCUCGGUUUAGGGAGAGACCCGCCUCUCGCUCGCAAAAUUUCACCGACAUCUACGCCCCUGCCAAGCAUAUACAGCUACAGUACUUUGUCAUGGUGGACAAUCAGGAGAAGAAGAAAGCCGAAAUCGGCGCUUUCGCUGCCCACCAACAAACGCACGGCGCCCCAAACGCGCUCAGCUGCUCCGACUGCCAGAAGUGCGUGAAGCACCAGGCGGCCCAGAAGGCGAAGCCCUUCUCCUGCCCUCACUGCAGAAAGGGCUUCUCAUACAAGUCCGAUCUGGUGAAACACCAGCGCAUUCACACCGGGGAGAAGCCCUUCUCCUGCUCGGAGUGCGGGAAGCGCUUUACUGACAAGUCCAACCUGGUGUCGCAUCAGAGGCUUCACACGGGCGUCAGGCCUUUCUCGUGCUCCGAGUGCGGGAAGUGUUUCUCCCGCAGCACGCACCUCGAGAGACACCAGAGCAUUCACAGCGGGGAGAAGCUCUUCCCCUGCCCGGAGUGCGAGAAAGCGUUCACCAAGAAAUCGAACCUCGACGCUCACCGGCGGACCCACACGGGAGAGAAACCAUUCGCCUGCGCCGAGUGCGGGAAACGCUUCAUCGAGAUGUCGUCCUUAAUACAUCAUCAGCGGGUCCACAAGAAGCCCUCGUCCAGCAGUGAAUUUCCCAGUAAAUGCACAGAGCAGAGACCAUUAAUGGAGCAUCUGAUGGACUCUGUGAGGAGGAACAUGGACAGGAACCAGGUGUCUGAAAGGAUCCUGAAUCUCACCCUGGAGAUCAUCUGCCUGCUGACCGGAGAGGAUUAUAUUAUUAUGAAGAACCCCGGGGAGGAUCGUCCGGCAGAAAAAGCUUUCAGGAUCCAGAGCCCAUUCCUGGCGCCUCCAGCAUCCUCGCUGACAGAUAAGAGGAACGAUGACAAUGAAACCCCGCAACCGGCCGAUAAGAACGAUCCCCAGGAGACGGGGGAGGUUCCUGUAAGGUGUGAUGACGUCGCCGUCUUCUUUUCCACGGAGGAGUGGGAGUAUUUAGAAGGACACAAGGAGCACUAUGAGGACGUCAUGAUGGAGACCCACCAGCCCCGCGGCUCAUUGGAUGAUGCCGCGGGGAGAAACACAUCUCAAGGAUUUGGCGCCGCCGUUUCUCCACCACAUGAUGUAACCGAAACUGAAAGCGGCUUUCAAACCCAUCGAAGAACAAGACUCCAAACAAGAAAUCAACAACGCUCUGCGCAGGGGAGAUCUGAACAAAACGCGACGGAGGCCUCGGUCUCCUGUAAAGACGGAGACAUCAUGGACAUCGUGGUUUACACGGCCAUAGACCAUACAGGGGCAGAAUAUUCAUCACAAUAUGUAUCUGCGCGUAGCAAGGAACCGUCCGUCUCAUCAGACACAAGUCAGGGGAAACGGACGUAUAGAUGCUCUGAGUGUCCAAAAUCCUUUUCUGACCAUUCAGAACUUGCUAAACAUCAGACGGUCCACGACGAUGACCGGCUGACCUGCCCAGACUGCGGCAAACGCUUCUCCAGUAAAUCACAUCUGGACAGACACUACAUGAUCCACGCCAGAGAGAGACCGUUCGGGUGCAUAGACUGCGGGAAGAGCUUCACCGAUAAAUACAUCCUCGCUCAGCAUCAGAGGGUCCACGCGGGGGGGGAGGAGAACUCCAUGAAGAAGUCAACGCUCGAGAGAAACCAAACGGUUCACUCGGAGAAGAAACCGUUCAGCUGCUCGGAUUGCGCGAAGUGCUUUGCCGACAAAUGGGAAUUAAUUUCGCAUCGCAGGAUUCACACGGGAGAUAAGCUGUUCACGUGCUCAGCGUGUGAGAAAUGUUUCCACCAAAGGUCACAUCUCGUUGAACAUCGGAAGGUGCACAACGGAGGGAGAUCGUACUCGUGUUCCGAGUGCGGGAAACUCUUCGCCUAUAGCUCGCACCUCGUCACGCAUAUAAGGAGUCACACGGGCGAGAAGCCCUAUUCAUGUUCCUACUGCGGGAAGUUGUUCUCGCACAACUCAAACCUCGUCAGGCAUCGGGUGAUUCACACCAGAGGGAAGCCGUUCCCGUGCUCGCAGUGCGGGAAGUGCUUUAUCGAAAAGUCCUUGCUUCUCAAACACCAGAAGAUCCACAAGGCUGAUUAGCUGUCUCGCUGCGAGAGGAGGAAGAUGUCUCAGUAGUCACAAGAUGUCUCGUUCUAGGAAUCGACUCGUUUCCAUCAAACAUCACCGGCCAUCAUGUGCACUUUAGUGCACGUGGUAGCUGUUCACUAGUGAUCCCCUUUUCACCACCCCUCGCAGCUCAUCAAUGCGCAUGGAGUGGACACUCACUGCCAGCAAGCUUCUGUAAAUAAAUUGGUGCAUGACCUCGAGUCUUGUGUCACUUCAUGUCUCAGCAUGCCCUCAUAAAGGGGGAUGUCUUUAAC